AUGAACCUGGAAGCUGCGAGGUUGAUGGUUUACCAAGCUGCGAGGCUAUAUGAUGAAGGAUAUCCGAGUGGAGAGUACGCGAACGUAGCGAAGUACCUAGCGGCAGAAGCUGCCUUUACAGCCUGCGAGAGAGCCGUCAUGGCACAUGGAGGAAUGGGUUAUGCGCAGGAGUAUCAUGUCGAGAGAUAUAUGAGAGAGGUGUUCAUCCCUAGAAUAGCACCUGUCAGCCGAGAGAUGAUUUUAAAUUAUAUUGGGGAGAGAGUAUUAGGACUUCCAAAAUCGUACUAA